AUGCCUACCGCUACAGAGUUCUGGGGCUUCAAUGCCCAUAACCUGGGUCCUCUGACGACAACAUUCACGGCGCCAUCCAGUUGUGCAACCGGGACAGAUCAUCAUGUUUUUGUCAACGCAAGUGAACCCGUUAGGAUUUUCGGCGUUCCUACAUGCGGCCCUAUGACAUUUGGGGAUUGCAUUCCCAGCGCGAGUUCAUGGGAAUCCAUCCAUGAGCAGACCACCGAGUUUGUGCAAGGACAAUAUGCUUAUUUCUCACCUGGCCUCGCCUGUCCUUCGGGUUGGAGUACUGUGGGAACUCUAGCACAUGGUGGCGAUGGUGAUAACAAGGCUAGUGCCUCGGGUGCCCUGGAAAGCCCAGACUGGGAUGAAUUCAUGCAUCCCAAUUACCUUCAUCCAACUGAAUUCUGGCUUGGGCUUUUGGAGCCCUCUGAAACUCUUGCCUAUUGCUGUCCCAGGCGAUGCGUCUCUACUAUCGGGCCGACCGAGUCGUACACCUAUUCCGAAAUGUGCUUGACCUACAACAGAGACAAGAUGCUGCCUGUCAGUACUUGGGAUGGCACCACGUUGACAGAUGAUCGGCUGGUGUCUUUUGCUUCUGCAACAGAUGAGCCAAUGACGACACUAGAUGAUAUUCUCUUGACUGGGACUGCUGUUGAGAAGUACUGGGCUAUUGCAACUUAUGUACCUGCUGUACAGCUGGUCUACAAGGAAUCUGACAAGGAUGAUUCCAAAGAUGAUGAGAAAGAGGACGAUGAUAAGGAUGAGGAAGAUUCCAACGAUGGUUCAGGCGAUGACAAUGCUGCUUCAGCGAUCACUCCGCGAUCAGGAGUUGUGAGCGUACUUGGUAUUACUUUGGGACUGCUUGCAGGGGCUGGAAUUCUCCUGUAG